AUGUCAAAUUUGCCAUUUCAGGAUGCAGACGUGAUGUGGUUUAGAAAUCCGGCUACAUAUAUCGUUGAUAUGAAGGAACUGGAAAUUGUGUGUAAUUUCUACUCAGUUGAUCCACCAAGCAUUGCCAGCGAGGUAGAUGGAGGAUUCUUUUACCUGAAAUCAAAUGAAAUAUCACUGGACUACUUCAAGAACUGGGAGUUGAAAAGGGUUUUGUAUCCAAAUUCUCAAAACCAAUCUCUCUGUGAGGCUACUGUAACCGAUCCUUUCUUUGAAAUGAUUGGUUUUCGGGUUAAAUAUCUGGAGGAGUCUCAUUUCAAUGGAUUCUGUCAGCAAAGGAGGAACAUGAGUGAAAUAGUUACCGUGCAUGCAAACUGCUGUGACAGCAUUCAAAGUAAGGUGCAUGACCUGAAGCUGCUGCAUGAAGAUUGGAGACACUUCACAGCACUCUCUUCGGGAAAAACUAGUUUGAGAGGAUCAUCAGUUACAUGGAGAGUUCCAAGCAAAUGCAAGUCAUGA